UUAACGUGGUUUUCUUGUGUAAUUUUAUAAAGAAUACUACUGCGGUACGGUACAGAAAUUAUGUUUAACUUUAAAUCGAAUUUAAAGAAAACGCGGGUAUUUUGCACUACGCGGCUUUCCGUAGUUUGUCCUCCUGUUAUCAUCAUUACAACAUCCUCUUGUAGCAAAACAUCCAGCUAGCCAGGCGCUUGCUCACUACAUUGAACUCCUGUACAGGUGGGCCACCCUUUAUAAAAGUUUAUAAACGGAACAGUUUGUGUUUUAAUAGACAGUUAAAGGCGGUGUUGGAUAGUCCCCGCCCAUCCGGAGAGGUAAACAAAGCGUGUCUUCGUCAUCGAGCGACCGAGCUGCUAGCUAGCGUCACCCUCGUCGCAUUGUCCCUUAUAAAUGGACACAACUUCGCCAUGAAUUGUCGCUCUGAAGUUCUCGAGGUGACGGUGGAGGCGAGGCAGGUGGAGGAGGCGAUGCUGGCUCUGCUGCACACCAUCUUAUUGCACCGCAGCACCGGGAAGUUUCACUACAAAAAGGAGGGCACCUACUCCAUCGGCACCGUGGGCACGCUGGACUUCGACUGUGACUUCAUCGACUUCACCUUCGUCAGGGUGUCUUCAGAGGAGCUGGACAGGGUGAUCAGGAAAGCUGUGUCUGAGUUCAAGGAUGCUCUGAGCAACUCUGGCAGCGAUGGCAUGGGACAGAUCUCCCUGGAGUUCUACCAGAAGAAGAAGUCCCGCUGGCCUUUCUCUGACGAGUGCAUCCCCUGGGAGGUGUGGAGCAUCAAGGUCAAUGUUGUCAACCUGGCCAAUGAGCAGGAGAGACAGAUCUGCAGGGAGAAAGUAGGAGAAAAGCUGGGGGAGAAGGUGAUCAACGUGGUGGAGGUCAUAAACCGCCACGAGUACCUGCCAAAGAUGCCCACCCAGUCUGAGGUGGACAAUGUUUUUGACACUAGUCUCAAAGAUGUCCAGCCGUAUCUUUACAAAAUCACAUAUCAGAUCACUGACUCGCUGGGCACCUCUGUGAGCACCACCAUGAGGAGGCUGAUUAAGGACACGCUGGCGCUGUGAGGACGCUCCAAGACAGCAGAUACAGAUGAUGUGGAUCAUCCAUAACCAUCCGUUGUAAUGCUUCACAGCUUUUUUUUUUUUUACAUCCAAAAUCGUGGAUUGUCAGCUCUACUUCUGCCACAACGAAGCAGUCUCAGUGUGUUUUCUGACGUCUCUGCUGUGGUUCUGGUAUUGCUUGUACCUUAAGAUGUUCAAUUAUCUAAUCUUUAUUUUAAAGAUGUUUUGAUUUUUUUCCCAAAUUGUCAACCACCAUCUAGAAUCGCAGCUUAAACACAGUAGGAUAUAGGUACAUAUAUCAAUGGAAUAUUUCAGAAUUUGUGUUGCUGAUAAUGUCGUAUGUAAAUCAUUGCACAUUUUGACAAUAAAUGUCGUUUACUGUAAUUAAUUCUAA